GGUCCUCCUUACAGACAGUAUCCGAUGGAGCUAUAGAACCUGAGUAUAAUCGCGAUUAGGAGCUGCUCAAAAUCCAUCUUCAUCCGUGGAAAAUUAAUGCGUAACGAUAUUAAAAAUAGCAAGAGCAAAAAGUACACACUUUAAUCUUUCUAACAAGCUACGUAUUGUUAACAUAUGAUGUUAGGAGUAUUUUGAAAUUAGAGGCGAAAGACUCGGAGCUGACUUCAUCCGGAGACAAAGUCGACACGAUCGGAAUACUCGCUUGAAGACUUUUCCUAUCAGUUUUCAGGUUCAAUCAUUCUCGUUUAAGUUAUAGAUUCAAAUCCAGAAGAUAAUUUAAAUAUUUAGGAGCUAGCGCGCUUGCUAGCCUACAACAAAUUACUUAACAUGGAGUUGCGAGUCGGAAACCGAUACAGACUGGGCAGAAAAAUUGGAAGUGGAUCCUUUGGAGACAUCUACUUGGGUACUGACAUCUCCGUUGGAGAAGAGGUAGCCAUCAAACUGGAAUGUGUGAAGACCAAACAUCCACAGCUCCACAUUGAAAGCAAAAUCUACAAAAUGAUGCAGGGAGGAGUUGGGAUUCCCACCAUCAAGUGGUGCGGUGCUGAGGGGGACUACAACGUGAUGGUGAUGGAGCUGCUGGGGCCCAGUCUGGAGGAUCUGUUCAAUUUCUGCUCUCGAAAGUUUAGUCUGAAGACGGUCCUGCUGCUGGCUGACCAGAUGAUCAGCCGCAUCGAGUACAUCCACUCCAAGAACUUCAUCCACAGAGACGUGAAGCCUGACAACUUCCUGAUGGGGCUUGGUAAAAAGGGUAACCUGGUCUACAUCAUUGACUUCGGUCUGGCUAAGAAGUAUCGUGAUGCACGCACACACCAGCACAUCCCCUACCGUGAGAACAAGAAUCUAACGGGCACUGCUCGCUACGCCUCCAUAAACACACAUCUGGGCAUCGAACAGUCCAGACGGGAUGACUUGGAGUCUUUGGGAUAUGUCCUCAUGUAUUUCAACCUGGGCUCUCUGCCCUGGCAAGGCCUCAAGGCUGCCACCAAGAGGCAGAAGUACGAACGCAUCAGUGAGAAGAAAAUGUCCACACCCAUCGAGGUGCUCUGCAAAGGCUACCCAUCGGAGUUUGCCACCUACCUGAAUUUUUGCCGCUCUCUGCGGUUUGAUGACAAGCCUGACUACUCGUACCUCCGCCAACUCUUCAGGAACCUCUUCCACAGACAAGGCUUCUCCUACGACUACGUCUUUGACUGGAACAUGCUCAAAUUUGGUGCCAACAGGGCUGUGGAAGAUGCAGAAAGGGAGCGUCGGGAGCGUGAGGAGAGGCUCAGGCACAGCAGGAAUCCUGCGGCGAGAGGUAUUGCUUCUGCUUCUGGUCGAGCCAGGGCGGCUCAGGACGCUGCAGCCCCCUCCCCACUCAACCCUGCCUCGCACACAGGAAUGGAGAAGGAGAGGAAGGUGAGCAUGCGUCUUCAUCGUGGAGCACCUGUCAAUAUCUCCUCCUCAGAUCUGACAGGACGCCAGGACACAUCCCGCAUGUCCACCUCACAGGCUCUGUCCCGGGUCACACCCAGCGGCCUCCAGUCUGCAGCCCCUCGGUGAAGUCGGUCUGUUUUCGCUGUGGAGGCCUGAACAUCAACCACCUGCAGCACGAGCACUCACGCACAUCACAUUGAUUACAAGACUCAGAGACCUACCUGCCGUGCACGAGUCUGACUGUGCAUCUGUUCAGCUGACAGAAGAGAUGCACAGACAGCAGGUUGUGUGCAUGUGUGUGCGUGGAGACCAGU